AUGGGUUGCUUCUGCUGUUUCAAUUCAUCCGAUGUGCAAGAGGAGCCCACCGAGGAGGAAGAUGGAAGAGAAGGGAACGCGCUCGCCUCCCUUGUCAACAACCUUGCCAUUGAAUCGGAUACCCAGAAGCAUAUAUCUGUAGCCGAAGAGCUCUUGCGGAUAGGCAAUGGCAACAAUUCUACUCGAGUUUUCACGUUCGAUGAACUCUCAGCUGCAACCAACAACUUCAAGGCAGAAUGCCUUCUUGGCGAAGGUGGAUUCGGUAGAGUCUACAAAGGACACCUCGAGGACACAAAUCAAGAUAUAGCUGUCAAGCAACUCCAGAGGAAUGGCUUACAGGGAAACCGAGAGUUCCUUGUCGAAGUGUUGAUGCUCAGUCUCCUACAUCACCCAAACCUCGUCAAUCUCAUUGGUUACUGUGCCGAUGGAGAUCAAAGAAUUCUGGUUUACGAGUGCAUGCAUUUGGGCUCACUGGAAGAUCAUCUUCUCGAUCUUUCCUCAAACAAGAAGCCGCUGGAUUGGAGUACAAGAAUGAAAAUAGCAGAAGGUGCUGCUAGAGGCUUGGAGUACUUGCACGACAUAGCAAACCCACCCGUGAUCUACAGGGACUUCAAAGCAUCUAACAUUCUUCUGGAUGAGGAGUACAACCCGAAGCUAUCCGACUUUGGCCUGGCCAAGGUUGGACCAGUCGGAGACAAGAGUCACGUUUCGACAAGGGUGAUGGGAACCUACGGCUACUGUGCUCCCGAGUACGCAUUGACGGGGCAAUUAACGAAGAUGUCUGAUGUUUACAGCUACGGCGUCGUGUUUCUGGAGAUCAUAACAGGAAGGAGAGCCAUCGAUACAUCGAGACCUUCGAACGAGCAGAAUCUUGUUCACUGGGCAGAGCCACUGUUUAAAGACAAGAAGAGGUUUGUGGAAAUGGCGGACCCAUUGCUGGAAGGGAAUUACCCACUGAAAGGCCUCUACCAAGCUCUUGCAGUCGCAGCAAUGUGCCUACAAGAGGAAGCCGGCAAUCGUCCACUGAUCAGUGAUGUUGUGACCGCUCUGGAGUAUCUCGCGACGUAGUCAGGA